AUGUCAAGAAAGCGAUUCCAGAUCGGAGGAAGAAGAGCCGAUAACACGAAGGAGGCAGUGCCACAUGCACACGGCCAAGGCCUUGUGGAUACCGUUCACAGUAGACUCAGCGGACAUCCUUUCAAUGAGCCCAGCGAGGAGAUUCGCGGCGGUCUUCUGCUUCUGCUUAUUGCCAUACUGAAGCAUGGAGAGCACCGUGCGGCGCUCGCGGACCGCAUGCCAGGAAAAAACUCAGCUGGCUCUCCUAGCUCCAUAUGGCCUGACAACACGACAGAAGCCACGAAUCCGUACCCUGUGGAAGGAUGCGAGGACAUCGAUGUCGCAACUAGAGAUCGCUCGCAGGAAGGAUCGGGAAACGAUGAAGAGAGCGCUAACGAGGACAUGGACGAGGAAAAAAAGAAGAGACAAGUUUGGCAAGUAGGAGACGACUGUGUGGACGGCCUUGCGCAGUGUGCUACCAAGGCGUUGGCUGACCGUGAUCCGCACAACAAACAAUUGGCCUGUCGACUCAUCGUUUUGCUCACCAAGUGCAUGCGUUUCGAUGCUCUUUCGCGGAAGCACGUCCUCGACGCCCUGCAGUACCUCAUCGCGUCAUCCCUCCUCGGCCGGGACUGUAUGGACAAACUGAUGACAGGCUUAUCCUCGCUUGUUGAGGAUGAAGUUGCGCCUGCAAUUCGGUACAAGAUAUGUGCCUGCGUGGGCUUCUGGUUCCUCACGUUACCCGUUCGAUACCUGAAGCCUCACAUGUCGAAGCUCGUCGCGUUCUUACUGGCGUGCAUUGCUGCUGAGGACGAGCGCGUGAAGCGCUACGGCGCGAGAGUGUUACGGUGCAUAGCGGCACCGUGCCUCUUUCAGUUGAAGCAGGCCGGCCUGUCAGCAGUCGGCAACGAACCGAAAGGGACGAGGGAGAGCUGUUCACGGCAGUCUUCGCGAAGUGGAACAAAGCGAGCGUCAGAAGCCGUGGGUGAUCCGCAGAUGAGUGAUGCAAGCAGCGACAGUUCUGAGGAGAUAGAAAGGCAUGCGGACCCAGCCAUUUCAGCAGGCGAUCGAGAAUUACUCGAGAAGAGCUGGACCAUCUCUUGUAGCUCACCGGAGUUUUUAGAGUGCUCCUCCACGUUGGACACUUUCCGCGACUGGUUCAAAGACAGAGUGACGGAUGUCCUGCCUGCUGACUGGGCGAGGGCGACCGCCUCGAAGGAAGAGGCUGAGGAUCAACUGCUGCAUGUCUCUGCUCUUCUAAGUCACUUUGCAGAGGAAACCGUGGCUUGGGUGCUCGCUACCGAGUCAGCACUGUGGCGGUUUUCGCCGGAACCGCUUCGAUCUCAGCGCUCGCUUCAGACUCUCACCCUUCUUCUCGGGCUUCUCCCUCCCCCGAAGCUUGUGCCUCAGCUUCCAGAGGUGCUGGCGUAUCUGUGCAAGACGUGUCAGCAUGUAGACUCGUACCCCUUUUCUCAGGCGCAUCCAGGAGCCGAGCCUUCUGCCAAUCCGCCUGCUUCUCGCCUCGUGAGUUUCAUGUUGUCGCUCGCAAGUGGAGAGGCAGAAGCCGCCUGGGUUCAGGUCCACCGCCUAUCAGAGGAUUCCGCAAGUCAAGCGCCAGAGUUUGGGGAAAGCGACGGCAACGGCGAACACCUCGCGGCUCCUCGCGGGACUGCGAAGGCCCCGACGAGACAGCCAAUAGCAGUUGCGACUCGGCUCCUCCGCGACGCCCUCCAGGACAAUGUCCUUUCCGCAGCCCCCAGCGCCAUGAAAGGCUAUCUGGAAGUUCUGAGAGACGUGCUGGCCUGCGCAGAAACGGUCGCGACGCUUGUUCCUCCACCUUUCUGGCUAAGCAUUCUUGCGGGCCAGAUGCAAACGAAUGCAAGCGUCUUGACACAGUACGAGAAGGCCUUGGAACAGAGACUCCAGGACUCCGUUCCCUUCAGCUACUUCGUCCCAACCAACGAGCAGAAGAUCCACGGUGCGGCGCCUUCCGAGAGACCUUCUAACGAGAUUUCGAACUCGAGGAAGGAAGACGCUCCCUCCGCGACUACGCAUUCACAAGACAACUCACCAAGUUGCGCCGACACCACCACGGGCGACGAACGCCCACUGGAGGAGAGGCAGCAGCGUGGAGGCGAGAGGCGAUCGGGUGCGGACGAACAACAACCAAUUCCUAAGGCGUUUGCGGCCACGACUCGAGUGUACCCGUUGCUGUUGCUGAGUCGAAUGCUGGCGACAGUCGAUGCGCCGCAGAACGGCGCACGCGGGCGAGAGUGCUGGAGUGAACUCGAUGCAGCCUUCUGUGUGGACCUGAUCGGCCAGUUCGUCCAACCUUCUGGAGAGAGCGAACGCUCGCCGAGAAGUCUUGACGCUUCAGUCGAUAGGAAACGGGGCGCGUGUGAAGACGCGUUCGCUUUCUUUGGCGUCAGCGGCCCCUGGAGCUGGAGCGGCGCUGCGUCAGACUCAAAGGCCGAAGACGCUUGUUUGGCGUACGCCGCCGUAUGCGUAGCUAGUGCUGUGACCGCAUGCAGGGAUGCUUGCCACGUUCGCUGGCCACGCCUCAUUGCCAUCCUGUUACGUCUCAGGGUCGCCAGCGAGGUACCGCCCGGCCUCAUAGACACGUGCGUUCACUUGUUGUCUGUGUAUAGCGGCAAGUCGCCUCAAAAGAUGUACUGCGCGUACUUGGAGGCGUUCAUUGAGGCAGAUCGGCAUCUCGCAUCUGAGUUGAAUGCAGUUCCCCCAGGAACCCCGUUGGAGACUCUCUCCAUGAGUAGCCUCGAAGCUCCUUGGAGUCUCUCCGACCCUCGUCGACUGAUCCUCCUCCAUGUUCUUCAGGAGUUGCGCGUUGCCGCAGGCACCGCGGCGUCUCAGCGCCAGCGCGAAACGGUUCAGGCGACAAGUUCCGCGAACAAGGGACACAUUCCGACAGGCCGGCCAGGCGCACAGAAGCCGGCGCAGCGGAUGUGCGCGGCCCAACCCAGCUGCACGGCUUCUGACGCUUCUCGACCCUUAUCCGCAACUUGCCAGACUACGGUUUCGCCUGGCGAGCUGCGCGAGACGAGAACCAACUUCGAGGAGACGAGUGUCUGUGCAGGGAGUCCAACGAAUACGGAAAAGCGCCAAAGGCAUUCACAAAACGCCUGUCCGCGCAACUGUCGGGGAUGGCUUCCGGGCCUUCUUUCUGUUCUGGAGAUUCAGGCCUGCCCAGACACCGUCGCCCCAGGCGUGCGCGUCGACACCUUGGCUAUACUUUUCGAACUCUACGCGAAUGCUGAUCUCGCGAACAUGUGCCUCGCAAACUACGCGUCGUUCGUCGUCAAUGCCAUCAUUCUGCCGAACCUGCGUUGGCGGCCCGGUGAAGCAAAUGCAAAAUUGAGAAAGGCUGCUCUGGCGUGCCUCUCAGCCGUGAUAGGUACGCUCACAGAGACUGAGCACCUGCCGGGGCGGGCGACUCGCGCGUCUUCUCCGGCCACUGGAGACUCGACAACAGAGCCCAGCGCCCCUGCCUCGCCGCCCCACUGCGUCGAUGGUCUCGACUGCGCCGCCGACCAAGUCGCGACGCCCCUGAAGAAAACAGAAGAUCUGAUGCGCCUGCUGGAGUCUCUCCUCCCCUGCCUACUCAGCUGCUUGGAAGACGACGGCCAGCCGGACACGCGAACGUUGACAGCCGACAUUCUUGCGCGGCUCUUUGCCCAACUGAAAAGGACGGUUUGCGCUUCGAGCGACCUCGGCGUCGCUCCCAGUUCGCCCUCCAGUGGCGCGGGAGCGUCGCGUGCCUCUCCUGAGAAGCUCCAACAUCCAUCCGCCGCACUGUGUGGACAGUCCGCGGAGACCGAAGGGCUCUGCUGCCCCAGCGGGCGGGGCCAGACUGUCGCCUGUCGGGGCCGACACCAGGGGUACGUGGGGCUCUGUUCCGCACUCUACGCAGCGCUCCUUCAGCGCCUGGACGACGCACGCAGUGGAGUUCGUCUCGCUGCGGCGCACGCCAUCCGAGAAAUGCUUUUGCUCCUGCUAGAGCUCAAACGCGACUCCGCGGCCGCGUGCGAAACGGCCAGGCGACACACGAUUUCCGACGCAGCGCCCGCAGAAAGCCUCUCUGGAGACGAGUCCACGAGAGCAGAGACUGAGGCACGCGUACCGACGGAGAGUGAAGCGCUGGACACAGUCUCAGCGCACAUCUCAAAUGCAGGAGAGUCUGCUGGGGAUCUGCCGGGGCCAGCCGAGGCCCGACGCCAGGGGCCCGAAGAGACAGAGACAGAGAGCGGCCGAAACGAAGCCAGCGCAAGCUGCCGGAAAUGGACAUGGCCGUGUCUCGAGUUCCUGAUGAAAGGCCUCGUCACUUUUGUAGACGAUAAGGACGAAGAACUGGCGACGACAGUGGCAGCCGCCAUGGAGAUAGGUGGAAAACUUGACGCUGACCUUCUCCUUCGAGAAGCCAGCACGGUUGUCGGGCAGAGUCUCUUCUGCGAGCGAUACGAAGCGCUCGCGGAGUUUGCAAAACAGUUGCUCCAGAACGACACGGUCCUAAACUACGUCGCCUAG